UCUUGGAGUGGAGUGGACACUCUUCACACUCACACUACUCCACCAUAGUUGCAGCAGUUUCUGUUCAGAGCACAAAACGCGCACAAGACAGUGCCGUUGAGCUGAUUACACUUAGAAGUCGAAGCCUUUACCUACCCACCAUCAUAAAACUUCAUUCAGGAGGAAGUUGGAGAUAGACAAGUAAAUAUUGAAGGAGAAGAUGCCUGAAAUAACGAAGAAUCAACCCUCACAUUGGUGGUUUCUUGAUAGCCACAGUAGUACUAAACGAUCUCCAUGGCUUCAAUCCACUCUAUCUGAGCUAAAUGAGAAGACGAAGGCAAUUUUAAAGUUAAUUGAAGAAGAUGCAGAUUCCUUUGCCCAACGUGCAGAGAUGUACUACAAGAAGCGACCGGAACUCGUGAGCAUGGUUGAAGAUUUCUACCGGACACACCGUUCACUAGCUGAGCGGUAUGAUCAAGUGAAACCUGACACUGGAAUUAGCCAUCUCACGACUGGAGGAUCACCCUUUGCUUCAGCCAAAUAUCAAAUAGAGAAGCUAAUGAGUUUUGCAGAUAAUGGUUAUGAUACCUAUUCUGAGGAUUGUGCUAUAGAUGAGUAUGAGGAAUCUGAUGUUUAUGAUCCUGAUCAGGAGCAAGAGGAGAGGGCCAAAUUUCACAACUUCACAAAAGAAGAGCAAGUUUCAUUUGUGGCUUCUGCCAAUGAGGAAGUGAUGAAGCUGAGGGAUGAAAUUAAGAGACUCAAUGAAGAGACCAAGGUUUUUCUUGGUGUCAAACGCUAUUGGAUGCUCCUAUGCAGCUGCUUCUCUAGCCAUCUCAAUGGUUUCAAGAACCAGUGGAAACAAAACGGCACCGUUCCUGCUAACAGUGCUGGACCUUGUGAUCAUGGCGCUUCUGUUCUCAGCCAAUGGCGCAGCCGCUGCAGUGGGAGUUAUUGGACAGAAGGGGAACUCGCACGUACAGUGGAUGAAAGUGUGCAACGUAUUCAACGCUUACUGCAACCAUGCCACCGCUGCUCUGGUCCUUUCUCUGAUUGGAUCCUCUGCUUUUCUCUUGGGGGUGGUGCACUCUGUUUUCAAACUCCAUUACAGGUGAAGUUAUGUUACUUCCAAAAGUAGGUCAAUGUUAGUAACUCCGUAGCUACCAAAGAUCAAUGUAUGGUUGGGUUCUUCACCCUCCUUCUUGAAAGGAGAUUAAUGUUUCAUAGUAGUACUGGUGGUAAUUAUGAUCAUAAAGGAAUGAAAUAUAUAUAUAGAAAUGAGUAUAGAUACGGUUGGGUUGUACUCCACUACUCCCUCUAUUUCAAAAUAAU